CCACAAUGACCGAAUACAUUAAAGAUUAUUCACUCAGGAAGAGGACUGCAAUCGACUGAAACACCCUUUGCUACCUACAGUUUCUGGCCUCUUGUCGAAGCAAUGGCCGCUCUUUUGGAGCUGCCUCGUGAGAUGAUUCUCCAUAUUGCACAAUUUCUAUCAGCUGCUUCUGCAGCCACUUUUACACACUGUUGCCAUGCGGUGCUUCAUACACUUGGAACACAAUACUGGCAAGCAAUCCGGAAUACCAACCAGAGACAAGAGCUUGAGAAAUUUCUACGCCUCUUGGAGAUCGAUCUUUCGGAUCAUGUACUUUGCUCUCACUGCGUUGUACUCCAUCGCAUUGGGGGUGUUAAGCACAAAACCGAAGAUUGCUACGCAUCAGAAUUAUUCGCAGGCGUCUAUGUUUACAUUCACCAAAACCUUACAUUCAUUGAUAUGGCAGCUAUGAUGAAGCUUUACCGCCAGGGCCUGGACUACAACCGAUUCUUGGAACGAUUCACCUGCAAAAUCACAGGAACCCGAGAUAAUGCUCCAUAUCAGUUCUCAUCACAAGCAAAGAUUAUUAACGGAUCUUUACUCCUCAGAGUACAAGAGUCACUAUGGUAUCCUCAUGGCGAUCCCAUAAUAGUACCAAUGACGGCUCGCAUUGCCAUAUGUCAUCACGUCGGCAUCCCCGGCCUGAGCUUCGACGCCCGUCUCCCAGACUAUGCGCCAUGCACACUCGAGCACGACCACGACCAUGACCACGAGACACAGCAGUGUAUUCAAAGUACCGGGACUAGACAGUGCGUAUACUGCCCGACUGAAUUCCAGAUCGAGCUGCGAGACUGCGCCGACUCAGAAGUUGAGCUUGUGAUUACGAAGUGGUUGGAUCUCGGGGAGGGACGAACGGUGUUGGAUCCGAAAUGGUGGAGUAGGCUGUCCACUAGGUAUACUGAUCAUGAACUUUUUGCUGGGAUGAGAGGUGUUUAUAAAGAGGAUGUUGAUAAUAGGUUGCCUGUUCCGUCGGAGCUGGUUUCUAUCCGUGAUUUAUUUGAGAAUGGGGAGGACUUGCAGAUGAGGCGCAGGAGAGGAGGUGAGCAAUCUGGGCUUUUGGAACUCUCUAAUCCGUUGCGGUGUUGGUCUUGGAUAGGUACUAGAUUUCGUACAGGGAGGCGAUAACUUGUGAGAUAUUCGAAGUGACGGGGAAUGCCUGGGUUGAUAUACCCUCUGGCGCAUGAAAUGUAUGGCAACAAAGAAUUUAUCUUCUUCUUGAAUACAGCAAAAG